AUGUCAGACACCAUGUUGUUUCUUCUGUUGCUGGUGGCCUACGUCUCUCCACAGGCGAGAGGACAGAACUCCACAACAUAUCAGCACACAGACCGAGCAACCGGACAGAUUCUUACGUGUGACAAGUGCAGACCGGGUUACUAUCUCCGCGAGCACUGUACGGCGACGCAGCCAUCGAAGUGCGCGCUGUGCGAGAAGGGGCUCUACACUGAGUGCUGGAACUACGUCUCCGAAUGUCUGAUUUGUGACGGCUGCUACGAAAAUCAAGACAUCUCAAGGCCGUGUUCACCCCGGCAAAACACAAAAUGCGUUUGCAAAAAGGGAUAUUUCUGGAGUACUUUCUACUGUAAACGCCACACCGUUUGUCCAUCUGGAUAUGGGGUGAAGACUGCAGGUACACACGAAAAGGACACUGAAUGCGAAUUGUGCCCAGCAGGGUUUUACGCAGCCGGCCACCCAGCCACUUGCCAAAAGCACACUGCCUGUGAAGCGUUGACCAAGAUAACGGUUCUCAAGGGGGCGAGCUGGCAUAAUGCCUUCUGCGCUUCAUGUGAAAACGUAGUUGAAGGUUGCUCGGAGAUUCUCCGCCGUUUCCUUCCGAGCUUCUUCGCCCAUUUCAACAUGAAUAAAGCCAAACUACAACGACUUGUGGGGAAGAUGGGUACACCUGCCACCAGGAGACUUCGUCGAAGGAGUCAACCCAAUAUGAAAGAACUUCUCUCCGAUAUCAACGCAUGGGUUGCCAAAGCCCCCGUGCACGAGCUCCAGAAACUACCAGAGAAGCUGGAGAGCGUGCAGCUUUACCACCCUGCGGAGAAGCUCAAGCGCAAAAUUGAUAAAAUCACCGCAAAAAAACAAAGCCGCUGCAAUGAACAGAUGUAAUGUUAUGUUUAUUUCGUUUUAUUUAUUUAUUCUAUUUAAUUUUUGAUAGUUUGUAAUACCUUCUUUUUUAUGUUGUAACAAUGGAAUCCUCAAUGCACUACCUGCCAGACACACAUGCAUAAAUUACACAAUAUAACAUUCAAGAGAGGCAGUUGAAUGUAGUUCGACUUUGAAUGUAUUUUUCUGCUGAAGUUGGAUA